GAGUGGCACUCGUUGGGCUUUAAAUAGGAACUGUAUCCAAACUUUGGGACAACAGAGCAUCUGAAAACUUCCAGCAGCUCGCAGUGGAAAGCACCGGUUUGCUCCAGGAUGGACGUCAACAGGAGACUGGGGAUGAAGGAUGCUGUGCUGGCGCUUUUACUCACCGUACUCCAGGGAUUUCCGCUCGGGGAAACGGCCCCGAAUCCUUCACCGCUGGUUGGAUCUAACUGGGGGAACCCGAGGAGAUAUGUCCACCUGCAGACAUCCACAGAGCUCAACAACUUCUACUUGGAGAUCAAAUUGGAUGGCACUGUGCGCAGGACUACAGUGAGGAGCUCAUAUAGUGUGAUUUUACUGAGAGCUGAGACCAGAGAGCGCAUUGCCAUCUUUGGCGUCAAAAGUAGCCGUUACCUGUGUAUGGAUUUGGAGGGUAACCCAUUCAGCUCGCCUACCUGCCUCAGGGACGACUGCCUGUUCAACCACAGGCUUCUGGAGAAUAACCGGGACGUGUACUACUCCAGCCGGACCGGCAUCCUCUUCAACCUGGAAGGCUCCCGGCAGGUGUUCGCGGCGGGGCAGAACCUCCCGCAGACCUCCCUCUUCCUGCCCAAGAGUAACACGGUGCCGCUGGAGCGCCUGAUGCACCGGGAGAAGAGGAACCAGGUAGUGGACCCCUCCGACCCACACAAUGUCUACUUCGGUCAGACCGAGGAGGGUUCGGACUCUCGGGCAGUUCCGGAGGACGACGCAGAUCUAGAGGUCGAGGUAGAGGUUGAAGUGGAAGUUGGAGACGAUGGGCGCAACGUGUCCCGGGAGACCCCGCUGGCUCCAUCCACCCACGACCCCUGGAACGUGCACUCGUCCAACCCGGCCAGCCCUCGCAGCACCGGGAUCAUGGGCUGAAUUUUGUGGUGACUGACAUGGAUAUGUUUACCCAGUUAGACCAAGUUGCAAAACAGUAGAUUUGGACUUGCAGCCCCUUUUGCACAACUUGCGUUAAAACUCAAUUAUUUGAGAUCACUGCGGAAUAACAAGUUAAAUCUAUAAUAAGGUAUUUAACAAUGAUUCAUUUUAUAAAUAAUUCGUAUUUUGUGCAUUCACACAAGCAGGUUUGGUAAAAAUAUAUAUAUAUUUUAUUAACUUAUUUUGAGCCAAGAUCCAAAAUCAUUACCCAUCCACAUCCAGUACAGUAAGUUGGCUCUCUCUCUCUGACUGAGCUAUAGCUAAGAUGACAAAUGGUCGUAAAAAUUGAUUUGAUUUUUAAUAAAUACAGUUUGGUGGGCCUGAAGAAUGUAAAGAUGAUGUAUUCUAGUGGAGCUUACCUAAAGCAACCAGUCUUAGAAUUUUAUAAUCACAGUCAGCAUGCAUUUUUUUAAAGACUAUUUUCAAUAGGUUUUUACAGCUGGUCUGAGGAACCCUUAUUUGGCAGUGACAUGUUAUAUCAAGACAGAAGCCUAUCAUAGCCCACCUCUGGAUGACCGUGGGACCUGUCUGUGAAACUGGGAAGGCAUGAUUUUAAAUCAAAAUAUAUAGAUAUAUACAUAAGAGUUUUAUUUAGUAGAGUUAAUUGUAAGUUUUGCCUUUAUUUUACAGUCUUACGUUUACUGAGUUGGAUAUAGGAGAUUUGAUGUUUGUUUAUUUUCAGAUUUAAACUUAAAUAGUGAUUCCAAAAACGUCUUAAACUACAAACAACUACAAUACUUGUUGUGUUAAUGUUUCUGUAUUUGUACAAUCAAAUUCAUGACUUGAACGAAUCAUACAACAGGGUAAAGAUGCUUUCACAGAGCAGUAAUCUUCAAGAACA